UGUCAUUUGUUGUUGUAUUUUUUGCUACACAUAAACAUUAAAUAAAUGAAAAUAUAAAAAUAGUCAAAGAAAACGUUACCUGUUUAUUGUUUGUUAUUAAGUUUUACCCAGAUUCUCAACAUAUUAUGCACUGCAGUUAUCCAAAAACUCGCUCCUGUUUUAUGUUUCCAUACAUCCAAAAUUGAUAAGGAAGAAAAAAAAAAGAAAGUGAUUGGGCCAUAGAGCAAAAACUGAAAGGCCUUGGAACGAACACACAGCGCAACCUAAUUAAAUUUCGACCAAAGGACGCGUACGCUAUUCGACAAUUGGCAAUGAAAUUGUGCACUGGCAAUGAACUCCAGACUUGAAGGCAGUCAUCAGCUCCAGGGGCACUCCAGCCCCAUGGCCAACGAACGCAAACAGAGCAGCCCCAAAAUGGAAAUAACAAAACUUAACCAUGAGCUCAUCGAGGAGUGUAAACGUAGCCAUGAGGAUUCCAUCUUGCCGCGCCAUUUACGCCACGAGCUCGAAAAGCAUCCACGUGAGUCCCGACGUGAAGUGGUUAGAAAGCAACGCAAUGGCUGUGCGCCACUUUUCAUUGCCUGCAAACGUGGCGCAGUAGUAAUUGCAGAGUAUCUCAUAACCAUUUGCGAGGCGGACAUUGAGCAGCGUGGACACUAUGAAGUGCCUGAGGAUAAUAGCUUCCACCAUGUGACACCCCUUUGGGCGGCUGUCGUAUCCGGCAAACUGUCCAUGGUGAAGUAUCUGGUACGAAUCGGAUGUGACAUCAAUGCCAUAUCGGAUUCGGGUUCCACGCCCGUUCGUAGUGCUUGUUACAUGACUCACACGGAUAUUGUUAAAUUUCUGGUGGAAAACGGUGCUGAUAUCAAAAAGCCAAACAUCAAUGGCGGCACCUGCCUUAUCAACUCGGUGCAGUCAGUGCAGCUUUGCCUGUAUCUGGUGCGCAAAGGGGCCGACAUCAAUGCUCGCGACAUACAGGACAAAACGGCACUACACUAUGCCAUACAGGAGCACCGGCUCGACACCACCAGAAUGCUAAUAGAGCAAGGAGCCGAUCCAUUUGCAAAGAGUCGAUAUGGUGACGAUGCGCUGCGAACUGCUUGCCUUAAGGGUGCUCAUCAGAUAUUCGACUAUUUGAAAAAGGAAUUGAACUAUUCAGUGGAACGCAUUGCCGAGGCGCACGAAUUGAUGGGCUCCACAUUUCUAGAUGAGCAUAAUGAAUCGCGCGUCUGCAUCCUACACUGGCGCAUGGCCCAUCACAUACGCGCCGCCUAUACGCCUUACAUUGAGAAGAAACCAAAGGUACCACUGCGAAAUGCUUAUGAGAAUGCCGUGGAGUUUGCAACUCUAGAGGAGCUUGAUAACAUUGCCACGGACAUGGAUGCAAUGCGGACGCAAAGUCUAUUGAUUUGUGAACGGGUCUUGGGCCUGACCCACAAGGACAUGUUGUUCCGUUUAACAUUCAGGGGUGCUUCAUAUGCGGACUCUCUGCAGCUCCAGCGCUGUAUCGAUCUGUGGCGGUUUUUGCUCGAGGUGCGCGUAUCCAAUUGGUCCAUAUUGCAUUUCGAGACAUGUUUCGCUGCUCAGGCAUUGGUGCGUCUAAUGCUAGAUCUCCAUGUACGCAACUCCAGUCACAUACGCAGCGAUGCCCGAGCUCGUUUUAUGCAUCAGGAUAAUUUACUCCCAAGAUUUGACGAUGUAUUGGGGGUAUUUCGCACGCUCGCUGAAAGCGCUGUCGAGGUCAAGGACCUGCUGCAAGUGCGACCCGUCUUUCGACGCCAGCAGGAGAACUAUGACCGAGUAUUGCGUUGCCUAGCACAUCUCAUCUAUUUGCUGAUAAAUACCGUCCACACAGAGGCUCAGCAUAAGCUAAUAUACCAUGCUGUUCACGAAACAGUUGUUGUUGGCAACGUGCGAAGCGCCAGCACUGCAGACACCUUGCUCCACUUGGGCGCCUCUCGGCUAAAUGUUAUUAAAAGCGGCUACAUCACCGAAGAUAAUUUUGCCGAUAAGACUGUGUUCCCCAAUGCGGAGGUUAUUAAAUUGCUCAUCGAGUGUGGGAUUGAUGUGAAUACGAAAAACGAGGCCAAAUCAACGCCCCUACAUGUAGCCUGCCAACCUUACAAUUACGACAAUGAGAUUGUGCAUCUGCUACUUAAGUGUGGAGCGGACAUUGAUCAACCGAAUCGAGCGGAGAAGCGACCUUACGAUUCCAUAGCAUCCAAUCCCACCAACACCAUACCGUUGCUCAACUACAUCUCGCUGCAGUGCCUAUGCGCGACGGUCCUCAGCAAGCAUAAGAUUCGCUACAAGGACCAGUUGCAUAAACAGCUUGAGCAAUUUGUGCAUAACCAUGAACCGUGAACCGUGCACCGUGAACAGGACUCUUUGGAAUACAUGUCUCUGUUAAAAUUGUUAAAAAAAAUAUGUGUAUUUAAUUUGGCCAUAUCUAAAUUUUACCAGUGUAUUCUCUGUUACUUAUUGUCUAUCUAUUCUAUAUAUAACAAACUA